AUGCAUCUCUCUCUCACUGCUGUGCUCUUCGCAGCAUCUGUGCUCGCUCAAACACCACCGUCAAGCUCCCCCUUCACGAAAAAUAAUCUAGGGGCGUCGUAUAAAAAUGCAACAAUUUUCCCUGGUGUCUGGGUAGACCCCAAUUACAUCUCUAGCCAACCCCAUUUCUAUGCGACAGACAAUCAAAAACAUGAGCCAGAUGAUCAAAGCAAGUACAUGAUCAUGAUGCUGGACUUGAACAUCCCGGACUCCGACGUCACGACAGCUGCAGACUAUGACACCUUGGUUCCAGGCUUGGCAGCAAACACGACCACCCGUCUGCAUUGGUGGGGUGGAAACUAUACCCUUGGCAGACACGGCCUUUACCUGAACUCCAGUGAUGCCCUCGCCGAGUAUACCGCGCCUCGACCUCGCGAUGCCACCAACCACACCUACACUUUAUACUUGUUCGAUCAACCUGAGAGUUAUGUACCUCCCAAGGCUGUACUAAACGGGACUUUAUAUUCUCAGACGAGCGAGGCGCGCUUCAACUUUACGCUGGCUCCGAUUGUGAAGGAGGUGGGUCGGCCGCUUGCUGCUACUUAUUUCUUGAGCAACAAUGUGUAG